AUGGCGGAUAUUGAUAACAUCUUGGGAAUUCCACAGCUACCAGUGCAAGCGCAAGUACAGGACUCAAUGCCGCCGGAACGGAAGAAACGCACCCGAACAGGGUGCCUCAACUGCAGUCGCAGACGCCGAAAAUGCGACGAAGUCAAACCAACUUGCACAGGCUGCAAACGUCGAGGUGACAAAUGCCAGUGGCGCGUACUCGGAUCCUUCCGCGAUGCGAAUAUCAAAGUGCUGGAAUCAGAUCAUCCCUCUAUGAGCCAGGGCGUUGUUACCAACAACAAGAGCAAACGCCAAAGCAGAUUCAAGAUUGUGAAUGCGUUGCCCAAGAUCCCUCGCAUAAAAGAAGCGCUCAACCAGCAAACUGGAAAUCUUCCAGAUUGGCCAGAUCCACAUAGUUGUUCCCCUUCGCCUUCUACUCAUGAAAAUAUCGACACCAAUGAAGUCUCCACGGCCGCGGCAGCUCCGCUGGCUUCAAUACCUCAGCCUUCGGAUCAGCAAGCUGAAUCCCCGACCAAUUAUGGACAGGAAUUGUCUCCACCUCUGUCGGGUGAUGUGUCUUCUCAUUUGUCCCAACUUCCAGACCAAGGAUCCCCUGGGCACGAAGGUAGCAGGGAGAGCGCAAACAGUAUUCAAUUACAAAAGAUCACCAGUCCACGGUAUCCCCAGAAUCAUCAAUAUGAGUAUCAGACAGUGAAUGUUCCAGAGAAUCCAUCCCCCCAUGCCUACCUCAACUCUAGUCCUGAAUACGUCAUUGAUGAUCUGAGCACACUCAGAGGUUAUACUCACAAUGGUCAAUUUCAUUCAUCAGUUGCUGGAUCAUACAACACAAACCAAUCUUCUAUAUUUGAUCAUAGUGUCUUUUCUGACCCAGCGGAUUUGACCAACGAUGUUUUUCUCCCUGGCUCUGCUUACGAAGCACUCCAUACAGCUCUGCGAAACCGUCAGCUGUGGACUGCUCGGCCUGAUAUCCCAAGCCGAACUAGCUCUCGUGGCUCGGUUCCUCAAAUUCAUACACCAGAAGCACACAGUGACUCAAGUUCUUUCACUCGAACAGAAAGGUGGCGUCGGUCUUCUAGAAGUGGAAGAUCAUUUGAACUAUCUCCCGAGAGAGAACACUUCUUAUGGCAGAACUAUCUGAUUGAAAUUUGCUCAUGGCUUGACAUGUUUGAUAACAACCGACACUUCGCCUCCACAUUUCCCCAGAUGGCAAAAACCGCACCUCAUCUGCGCUAUUCAUGCUUGGCACUUUCUGCUCGUCAACUUGAGAGGCAAAAGAACGAAAAGUCUCAGUCUGAAAGCUUGUCCCUUUAUCAAGAAGCCAUUCAUCUUCUGCUUCCCGAGCUCGAGAACAAGACGACUCCAGUCAUAGCCUCAUGUGUGAUUUUAUGUGUCUUGGAAAUGUUAAGUUGCAAUCCCAAAGAGUGGAGGCGUCAUCUGGACGGCUGUGCAUACCUCAUUCAAGCGGCUGGCAUAAAUGGUUUCUCGGGGAAAGAAGAGCAGGCGCUUUUUUGGUGCUUCGCAAGAAUGGACGUCUGUGGAGGUCUGAUAUCUGAAGAGGAAACAAUCAUCCCUAUUCACAACUGGCGGCCGAAAGACAUGAGCUGUAGCGAAGCAUCACAGAUGUUCUUCUCUUCUGCAAGGGAAAACCUUGACGCUUAUGCCAACUACACUGUUUAUCUCUGUGCUCAGACCCUCGGGGUAUUGUUUGGAUCAUCCAAAACACCACAUCCUUGUUCUUCGUGUCAGUCGAUUCCUGAAGAAGAUGGGAUUUCGUAUGUCCAUCGCUGGAGGGAAUUGUUUGGUCAAGUUGAACAGUGGUACGAAAAUCGUCCAAGUCAGAUGAAAUCAGUUUUCACCGUCACACAAAGUGAUUAUGCAGGAAGAGAUCAACCUUUCCCGACAGUCUUGUACGGCAACGGAGAUGCUAUUUCUGGGAAUCAACUGUAUCAUGUCAGUUCUCUUUUGCUGCUUCAGCGAAAACCCAAGACUUUAGUCUUAGCUAAGAAACCGAAAUCCGUUCUUUGGCACGCUCGGCAGAUUUGUGGUAUAUCAGCUUCAAACGAGCACCAUGGCUGUUGGACUAACGCGCUUCAGCCACUUUGGAUUGCUGGCAAAGUUAUGUCGCACUACUCUGAACAUUCAGCCAUUGUUGAAACAUUGAUCAAAAUUGAGCGCGAAACUGGCUGGGCUACAGCUUGGAGAGUAGAAGACCUGAAAGACUUUUGGGGAGACUAUGAUAAUGAUGACGAGUGCGAUAUUGAUAUGGACUAA